ACCGCCCACGAGCGCCUCUUUUUCUCUUCUCUUUGUCGGUCUCUUCUCUCUCUCUAUCUCUUUCUCUCAUCUUCUUCUCCUCUCAUUUCAUUUCACCCCAAAAAUUUUCUUUUGCUCAAUCUUCCCUCCCAAACCCACCAUUUUUUGGGUUCUGAAAAUUUUUCAUUUUCCCUCCCUUUUCCCUCCCCUUUAUAUAGACUUGUUUAAUUCUUCCUCCCAUUUGUUGAGCCAGUUCUGUUUUGCUUCCUCUGUUCCGGUUCUUUUAUAAGUCCAGCUUCUUUAGAGAGUUUUGGUACCCCUCUUGUAGUUAAGGCUUGUUUGAUUGAGUGAUCAGGUGUUUUAGACCUUGGUUUUUGGUUUGUUUUAGAGGGUGAUCUCGAGUUUCCAACGGUAUCUAGUUUAUUUUGGUGGUUUUGUGUGGAUUGAUUGGGGGAAAAUUCUCAUCUUGGGCUCGUGUCGGAUCUUUGAAGUUAAUCCGUCAGUCAAAAUGGUGGAUCUGAGUGAAAAAGUAAGUAGAUUGUUCGUGAUCAGGUCGUUUAUUUGUUUGUUUGUUUGUUUGUUGAUCAUCAAUGACGAUGAUCAGUUGCUAUGAUGAUCAAGAUCAUGAUUUGAUCUUUGUGUAUGCCUUCUUGGGUCUGAUUGAUUGAUUUCUGGAAUAAAUUUUGGUUUGAAUCAGGUAUCAGAAUCUGAAGAGAUGAGUAGCCAAAACCCAACACCGGAGAGAGAAAAUGGGAGUGGUGGCACACAUAUCAAGACCUGUGUUGAUUGUGGCACCUCAAAAACUCCCCUGUGGAGAGGUGGUCCAGCUGGCCCCAAGUCAUUGUGUAAUGCAUGUGGGAUCAGGAGCAGGAAAAAGAGAAGGGCACUUUUGGGAUUAAACAAAGAAGAAAAGAAGACAAAGAAAUCAUCCCCCAUUAGCUCCAGUAGUACCAGCAGCAGCAGUAAAAGUAGUACCACCAUCAACAAUAACAGUAAUAAUAGCAUUAGUAGUAGUAAUAUCCACAACAAUGAGAAUAGCCCAUCAAAUAGCAGUUCAUCCAGCAAGAUUGGUAUUGGUGCCGAGUAUUCACUGAAGAAGAAGUUGAUGUCUUUUGGGAGGGAUUUUGCGUUGCAGAGACCCAGAUCAAACACUCACCAGAGGAGGAAGUUGGGUGAAGUUGAACAAGCUGCUUUUUUAUUGAUGGCUUUGUCUUGUGGCUCAGUUUAUGCAUAAUUUUCAAUUCCAUCAGAAAUCAUCUCAACUAGUUUGUUUGUUUUGUAGUACAAAUUUUUGGGUGUAACGGUUAUUAGUAGUGAUGAUUAUUAUUAUUUUAGUAGAGCUUUUGUUAGUGAUGAUGAUUAGUAGCCGCCUGGGGUAGUACUAAGAUGUAAACUGAUCAGCAAAAAAACGUGGCUGAUUGAGAGAGUGUAUAAUUCGGUCACAAUUUGUGAUGCUAUGAGAUGUAAUCUGCAGAACAUUGAAGACUGAGUUAUUUCUUUUUCCUCCCUUUGCUCUUUGUUUCUUGCCAUUCUUGAUCCAUCAUAGGUUGUGGUUACAUGAAUACGAUGAUUGUACAACG